UUUCAGUGCCAGAUAAAAGGAACUGACCACUUGCAGAUGGUAGGUUAGUUUCUUUUGACAGUUCCAGCCAGUCACUUCUCUUUCCGUUCACUCCACCCUACAUAUCGUUAGCAUGGACAGGAUAACUAUCAUUUGCUUCCUCUUCGUUGCAUUGACGGCAGUGAUGAGCAGCGCUCGUCCAUCAGUAUAUGGUUAUGGGAAAGACUAUUCUGGAGCAGAGUAUGGAGGAUAUGGGUUUAUCGAUUACCAGGUUCCACGAUAUGGUUCCGGUUAUGACAAAUAUAUCUACGGAAACUAUGAAGGACAUGCAGGAGACUAUGACUACAGCAAAAUCCAGAACAGCUAUCACGGAGGAAACAAAGCUUACCUCCAAACGCCCUAUGGUUAUGGUGGACCGUACGGAAAAUAUUAGUUUUGCUUGAAAAUAAGGCAAAUUUCAUGUAAAUGUGCGAAAACAUACUGUUUCAGUUGAAAGAGACAUAUCGUUAAAAAGCUUGUUCAAUAAAAUCAAUAUUUUAUAUAAAA